ACCCCUCAGAGAGAACACUGGAAUGUUACUACAAUGAAAUACUCUUCCUUCCUUGCUGUUUUGACUCUUUCCCUGUUCAUGGGCCUUGAUGACUCUGUGCAUUCACUGGUCUCCAGCAGUUUGGAGGACACAUCACACAACAGCAUUGGGAGCUGUUACACAUGGGGGAGAGGAGCAUUCCGGACUUUUCAGGAUGAUUUUUUCUACCACACAUCAAAGUGCAACUUUGUUUUGAGUCGUCAGUGCAAGGGCCCUGGAGAGGAUUUUAACAUACAGAUUCGCAGAGGAUCUAAUGGCAAUCUGGAUCAUGUACACAUGCAAAUUGAAGGCGUCUCUGUUAUUAUAGAAAACAAAACAAUUACAGUGAAAGAUAUGAUAAUACAAUUGCCCUAUGAUGACAAAAUCAUCACUGUGCAGAAACAUGGAGUUUACACACGCUUUUCAAACAGAAAGCACACAAUUGCUCUGAUCUGGAAUCAGCAUGAUUCAUUGUCGGUAACCCUGGAUACCAAGUACAAAAACAAAACAUGUGGCCUAUGUGGGAAUUUUCAAGAACAAAUGGAAAUUAAUUCUGAUUCUCCUGAUGCUUUAAACAACAUUAUCAUUGCCAGUCAGCUGGAUGUUCUGGGCCAUGUAUGUGUUAAUGAUAAUCCUACACUUUCAACAUGCACAGCAGCUAUGAGCUGCCUGCCUCCCAUAUCAAUGUACUUUUCUACAUGUCUUGAGAAACCUUCCCUUACUAUAGGGUACCUAGAUUUAUGUAAAAAAGAUGUCUGUGCUAGUGGAAAUAAGCAAGAGUAUGCGUGUGCCACUUUCGAAGAGCUAUCGAGGCAAUGUACAAAUCUCCCAGUAACAAGUGAUCCUGAAAUCACCUUGCAGGAAAUUUGGAAACAAUGGAGAUCAAAAGUUACCUGUGUUAACCCUGGUUGUCCUGAAAAUCAACUCUACAAGGAAUGUGGCGCUCUAUGUGUCCCCUCCUGCUCUGACCCAGAAACACAACAACAAUGUGAUAAGUGUGUGAAUACAUGCGAAUGCCCUGAAGGCACUGUCCUCGAUGACAUAAGAGGCACGGGUUUGUGCGUCAACAAAAAGGCAUGUCCUUGUGAAUAUGAUGGAAAGAUUUAUGAACCUGGACAAAUAAGAAACACUUCUUGUCAUACAUGUAUUUGUCGGAGUGGAAUGUGGAACUGCUCAGAUGUCAGCUGCCCUGGAAGAUGCAAAAUUGAAGAAGGAUCUCACUUUACAACAUUUGAUAAUAGAUAUUACACAAUGAAAGGAGAUUGCUCUUACUAUGCUGUUAUUACAAGUGCAUGGAUUGUAAUGAUUGAAGUGAGGCCAUGUCAAAUUGCAUUGAAAGAGAUGUGUUUACACCAUGUGGUACUCACCAACCAGCAGAUUUAUUAUACAUUCACUAGUGAUGGUAACGUUUAUUCUGAAGGGAAUAAAGUUGGACUUCCCCUGAGAAAAGAUGAUAUAAUAAUAUUUCAACAGUCUUCCAUGUUCCUCCAAGUGGCAACUAAAUUUGGGCUGAAAAUGCAAGUGCAAACAUCUCCCAUCAUGCAGCUUUACAUCUCACUGCCUGAAGUUUUGCAGGGUCACACAAGAGGUCUAUGUGGCACCUUUAAUGACAAUGCAAAUGACGACUUCUUAUCUGCAUUUAACAUUGUGGAAGAUGCUCCUCUUACUUUUGCUAAUUCUUGGGCCGUUGAAAACAACUGCCCUCCAUCAAGCAUACUUGAUCCAUGUAUUAGUUCAGAAAAUGAACACUACGCCAAACUGCACUGUUCCUUUCUAAUGGAUCCAGCAGGUGCAUUCUCAGUAUGUCACUCCACAGUGGAUUACAUGAAAUAUUACCAGAUGUGUGUGGCUGCGACUUGUGCCUGUGAGAAUAUCAAUGACUGCCUGUGUGCAGGAUUGGGAGCAUAUGCCCACGAGUGCGCUGCUAAUGGUGUCAUCGUGAGAAACUGGAGAAGACACAUUUGCAAUAUAUCGUGCAGUAGCUCUCAGGUUUACCAGAAUGACAUGAGAGCUUGCAACCGGACCUGCAGGUCACUAUCAGAAUAUGAUUACACCUGCGAAAUUAAGGAUGUUCCAGUUUAUGGAUGUGGCUGUUCUGAACAAAAGUAUAUGGAUGAAAAUGGAUUGUGUGUGGAACAGCCAGACUGCUUGUGCUAUUACGAAGGGAGACUUAUAGAAAAAGGACAGAGUGUUAGGAAAAGUGGCAGCCUCUGGACCAAUGUAAUCGCCAAGAAGGCACUCUCCAAAUUCUCACAGAGAGUGUUCCCUGCUGGGUGUAAAGAAUUUGUUCUCACUGAUAACCGAGUAGUGACAGCUGAGAAGUUCACAAAUCAAACCCAGUGCACAGUCAAUUCUUAUUCACUUCACACUGUUGACUCUAUUUAA